AUGCGGGCUGAACUCUAUCUUGGACGGGAUUGCGGGGGAGAACUCCAUGAGGGGAGGGGGAAAAUCACAAGCCUUGAACUUGUUCCAACAUCUCCAUCAACACAAAGAGAAAAGCCGGGGAAGCUGCGAGCGAUUGCCAAAACUCAAACGAUGGAAGACCUGGUGGCUCCUGAUUCAAGACGCCUCUUUCCAUUUUGCUUGUGA